GAAAUCAUACUUUACAGUUUCAAUAUUUAUCUUUAAGGUAUCUCAAAUCAUUAUCCGAAGGACUUGCGACUUGACGAAGCCAUAGACCCAAUCAUGUCUAAGUUAGAAACAGCGAUGGAUACGCUAAUCUCCGUUUUCCAUACGUACUCUGAGCGCGAAGGGGACAAAGAGAAGCUGAGUAAGAGAGAGCUGAAAGAUCUUCUACAGAAUGAGCUGGGGGAAUUCCUUGAGACCCAGAAAGAUGCUUCUUCUGUAGACAAGAUUAUGAAAGAACUGGAUGAGAAUGGAGAUGGUGAGGUGGACUUUCAGGAGUUCGUUAUUUUGGUGGCUUCCCUUACAGUGGCUUGCAACUCCUUCCUCUCUGAGAACUCAUGAGCUCUGGGAUCUACUGUAGACUGAGAACUGUUAUAUAAUACAAAAACUUUAUCUCUGAUUAAAAAUCUUACAAUUGUC